AUUUUCAUAAGCUUUACAAAGGGAAGUCACUCCAAUGUCACACCGGUCAAAAUGGCAACACAGAUCCUACAAAAGUGUUCUCUGUGUUUUGCAACAGCUCGUCAGCUAGGAACUCUCCACGCGUAUGCAUCUAGAAGAUAUACCAGCCAUGAUGUACAGACGGCUGAUAUUGUCAUCUCGGGUGGAGGCAUGGUUGGUGCUGGAAUGGCUUGUGCAUUAGGUCAUGAAAGUCUUUUACAAAACAGGCGUAUAGUGUUGUUGGAAGCAGCACCAAAGAAAGGGUUCAGUUUAACAGAGAAAUAUGGCAACAGAACUUGCACCCUGAGUCCAGCUUCAGUUUCAUUGUUUGAAAAAUGUGGUGUGUGGUCAAAGGUAGAAAACAUGAGAUGCCAGAAGGUGCUAAGAAUGCAGGUAUGGGAAUCAUGUUCCAACGCCCUGAUUAGCUUCAACCCCACUGACGAGGCUGAUGAGAUAGCCUACGUGGCGGAAAAUGACGUGAUUCAAGAGGCACUCACACAGCGUCUCGAGGAGAUGAAAGACAGAAUUGAGGUCAUGUACAACACUAGCGCAGACUCUGUAGCAGUCCCUGGCGUGGAUAAGGAGCUGGCGUCCAAUGCCUGGGUUGAAAUCAAGCUGAAUAAUGGACAGGUGUUGAAGACAAAAUUGCUGAUUGGCUCUGACGGAAUGAAUUCCUUAGUUCGAAAAACAUGUCAGUUUCACACGUUGUCCUUAAGUUACAAUCAGAGAGGAGUUGUAGCUGUAGUCAAAAUUGAUGAGACUAACAACAAUGUUGCUUGGCAAAGAUUUCUGCCCACUGGACCAAUAGCUCUUUUACCUAUGUCCAGCACUGCAAUGAGUCUUAUCUGGACCACCUCACCAGAACAUGCCAACCAGCUCAUGUCUCUUGAUGAGGAAAGCUUUAUAGAUGCUGUCAAUGAUGCCUAUAUACAUGACCGGGACAUGAACUCUACUGCAGGACAAGUGUCGGACAUGUUCCAGAAAGUGCUGCAGAACAUCAUGCCAGGUGGUGUGGCCAUGCAUCAGCUGCCCCCAAUCAUCACUGGUGUCCAGUCAGGCAGUAGAGGGGCAUUCCCCCUGGGUCUUACCCAUGCAUCCAACUAUGUGCGACACAGGGUGGCACUGAUAGGGGACGCUGCCCACAGAAUCCACCCUCUAGCAGGUCAAGGGGUCAACCUGGGGUUUGGGGAUGUGAUCAAGCUGUCAGAAGUCAUAGCUAAAGCAGCUGCCAAUGGGAGUGAUCUAGGUUCCCUGACAUAUUUGAAGGAAUACGAGACAUCACGCCAACGCAAGGUCCUACCAGUCAUGGCAACUAUUGACGGCCUUCAGCGUCUGUACAGCACUGAUGCAACCCCAAUAGUUCUGCUCAGAUCACUGGGCUUACAGGCCACAAAUGCGCUUGGACCUCUCAAGGACUACAUUAUCAAAGGUGCCUCCUCUUCUUGAGAGCCCUGAUGAAGUUCUGCAAACUGAUACCGAAUCAACAAACUCCAAUCCAUCAUGCGUGAGAGUGCACGAGCCCUUGGCCCAUAAAAAUUGCUGAGCACCUAGAUUUUGUGAGAACAUUUUAAUGUUCGCCAUCCCAUCAAAGACUUCAGAAGAAGUAGUGUUGGCAACUAUGAUCAACAUGUUAAGAGUUUAGCUGUGAAUGUAUCUAAGAGUUUACAAAUAUAAUGAAACAAGUGCAAUAUCUCAAGAAUCUAGAUUAGUGGCCAACAUCUCUCAUAGCUAUGCGCUUAGCAUUUAAUUUAAAAUUAUGCAUCAGUGUCACUAAGGAUGCUCAGAUUAUGCUUGAGAUCUUAUUCACGUACUUGUUAUGUUGUUUAUUUAAUAAAGUCAAUAUAUUGUGAUUUUUUUCAAAA